CGGCGGCCGCCUGAGAAUUUGCGCGCAUCCGCUCUUCCGCCUCUCUCUCCUGCCAAUUUGCCUCUCGCUGCGUCUGCUUCAACUUGCCUAUCUGUCGCACUUGCUUGCCCGCGAUCUACCCUGCCAUGUCUGCGCCCACUCUCAAGCUCAACCCCCCGUUCCGCGCGGAGCAGAUCGGCUCCCUGAAGCGGCCGCAGGCGUUGCUCGAGAAGCGCAAGGAGUUCGAGGCUGGGAAGUGCACGCAGGAGGAACUGCGGGUGGUCGAGGAUGAGGCGAUCAAGGCGGUCGUCCAGGUACAGCGCGAGACGGGAAUCAAGGGUAUCACCGACGGCGAGUUCAGGAGACACAUGUUCUACGACGGCGUGUUCGACAACCUGGACGGCAUGAAGCACAUCAAGCCCGUCCCCAUGCACAUGCUCAUGGACUACGUCCCCGAUGUCGCCGCGUUCAAGGAGCACGAUUUCAAGGGUGCUGACACCUACGUCUGCGUGAGUAAGCUCAAGCGGACGAAGCAGUUCUACGUGCCCCAGUACGAGGCCCUGAAGGCUCUCACCUCACCAGAGGAACACAAGAACCUGAAGAUCACGAUGGCCGCGCCUGAGUGGUUCCACCUCAGGCACGGCGAGUACGCGUACCCGAAGGAUGUGUACAAGAACGACGAUGAGUACUUCGCGGACAUCGCGGUGGCGUACCAGGCGGAGCUUCAGGACCUGUACGCGGCUGGCUGCAGGAACAUCCAGAUUGACGACCCCCUGCUCGCGUACUUCUGCGCGGAGUCCAUGAUCAAGGGUAUGGAGGAGCGCGGCAUCAACCACGAGGCGCUGCUCGACACCUACAUCAAGGCGUACAACGACUGCUUGAAGAACCGCCCCGCAGACAUGAACGUCGGCCUGCACUUGUGCCGCGGUAACUUCCGCAGCGGAAUGCACUUCAGCGAGGGGGGCUACGACCGCAUUGCGAUCAAGCUGUUCCAGGAAAUCAACGUGGACUGCUACUACCUCGAGUACGACACCCCGCGCGCGGGCACUUUCGAGCCUCUCAGGUUCCUCCCGCCGCACAAGGCGGUUGUGCUGGGGUUGAUCUCCACCAAGUUCCCGCGUCUGGAAGAGGUCGACGACCUCGUACAGCGUGUGCGCAACGCCGCGACUAUCAUCUCGGGCGGCGACGAGAAGCGCUCGUUCGAGGCCGCGCUUAACCAGAUUUGCAUCAGCCCGCAGUGCGGAUUCGCGUCGCACUCGGAGGGCAACCUGGUGGACGACCACGCGAUGCGCGAGAAGCUCGCGCUCGUCACGCGCACCGCCCGCGCCAUCUGGGGCGAGAACUAACCCACCCCAAAAAACCGCACAUCCACGCACCGCGCCCUUGCCUCCAUGAGGGGCGGCGGUGGUAGACUGGGGAUGGCGGCGGGCUCAACGCCCGCUCCGCGCGAGGGUGGAUUAUUACUUCUACUUCUGUGCUAUUGGGCACCACAGCCGGCCGAGCCAGCGCCCGGUGCCGCCCAUGUUGGCCUGAUUCAACUCGAUCCUGGGGGCGUGCAGCGAAGUGUAUUAUGUACUUGUACCAUCAUACAGAGAUGUCGAAUACCACCCAUACCUCCC